AGAAAUGACCAAUAAUCGGACCAAAGCUGAAUAUCUGAUCUGACAGCGAAGCUGUAAAUUAAGCAUCUGUUAUUGUCUCUGGUAAAGUCAGAUAAAGACCUCUUUAAUAGCCGAUUUCAUCUCCUGCCCCUGUAUCUCCUUAUUUCUCUCCAGUACUAUUCACAAUCCUACAGAAAAGGAAAGAAACAAAGCCGCGAGACGGAAACUACAACUCCCGUGGUGCCCCGCGGCCGUGUCGCGUAGGUGUUUCCGGUGUCUUAUAACAUUUUACUUCCUUCCACACAGACCGAACAAACCGAGAAAGAAGACGUCGCUAAGUUUUAAAUGUUUCCUCAAACAGUCGCAUUUUGAGCUCACCUUUUAUCCCAAUUUCUUCGCAAAAUUCGCGGCAUGUGGCGAAUGCUGUCCGAAGACUGAAGAAUCGUUGAAAACCGUAGACGUACCGUGUAGGCCUCCGAAGAAAGUUUGGUCGCGGGCCUGUAAACAACAUGUCCUCCGCCUCGCAGUCUUCCUCCAGACGGCAAUGGUGCUACCUCUGCGAUCUGCCCAAGAUGCCCUGGGCCAUGCUGUGGGAGUUCAGCGAGGCUGUGUGCCGGGGCUGCGUGAACUACGACGGCGCAGACCGAAUAGAGCUCCUCAUUGAAACUGCCAGGCAGCUAAAGAGCACGCACGGAGUUUUAGACGGCAGGUCCCCCGGUCCGCAGCAGGGCAAACCCAGCUCCUCCGGGCCCAUUGAGUCGGGGCGGCAGCAUGGAGAGCGCGUAGACAGGGGGAGGGGUGAGUAUGGGGUGUCUUCUCGCCUCCCCAACGGCCUGCACAGAGCUGAAGAUGUGGGCUUGUCAGAGGGCAGCCGACAGAGCCCGAACACCCGCAGGGCUAUAGCUGGGGCUGUCCCCAGUCUGCAUGGCACCAUAUCUCAUGCCUUGAUAGCUCAGGGGCUGGUAGCUGCCCCUCAUGGGCUUUUAGCCCCAUUAUCAGGCUCCAGAGCAGGGGCCACACCUAUUGCAGUCUCAGCUGGACCCAUAAUGGGUGAUGCUGGCAGAAGACAGGCUGUGUCCCUGGGCGUGGGAGCCAGCACCUCUGCUCUGGUGGGCAUAGAUCCUGCAGUGUGGAGGAACAAUGAAGUGAUGGCUGAACUGAAUGAGGUGGCUCGGAGCAGAGUUGAAGGCUGGCCAAACCGUCCCAAAGCAGUGAGGGACGUGCUUGUAGCUCUCAGCAACUGCGUCCCCUUCAACGUGCGCUUCAGGAAAGACCAUAACCUAAUGGGUCGUGUUCUGGCCUUCGAUGCUAGCUCAACUCCAGAGUUUGAGCUGAAGGUGUUCGUGGAGUAUCCUGCAGGCUCUGGAAUGAUCUUCUCAGGAGUCCCAGACCUGGUCAGGCAGAUGUUCCGUGACUCAGCCAAAGAUGCAGGUAAAGCAGUGAACUCUGGCUUACGUUAUGUGGAGUAUGAGAAGCGGCAAGGCACAGGAGACUGGCGUGGGUUGUCUGAGCUGCUGAACGAUGGCGUACGCAUGUUUAAAGAGCCCCCAAUCCCAGAGGUCCUGCCACAGCCAGAUGCAGCAUUGCCUUUGGCAGCUGCUGGACGUUCUGUACCAGCAAAAGGCACAACCAGGCGCCGCAAGGCUUCUCCAGGCUCUGAGAAUGGAGAGAGCGAAGGGAGGCCCGAUCAUCCUGCGAGGGAGCCCUGGCCUCGAGGUGCUUACUCAGGCAUGGAACCUCUUCCUGGCAUGGCUGUACCUCAGGAGGGCCCACCUUGUCUGCACAGCCAGCCAUCACCCAUCUCUGCCCUCAUGGGAGUUGCAGACAGCCUGAGUUCCAGUCAGAUGGCCAGAGAUAGCCCCAGCAUGUCCACAGCCCACUCCUCCUCAGCUGGGCGUCCCACCAGCAGCAGCCCCUCCACUGCCUCCACCUCAGUCUCCCAGGCAGCUGUCGGGCAGGGUUUGAGCGCCGUCGGGCCGAGCAGCAACACCAGUGCCGGGGAGUCCACAAGCAGCGCUCAGGGCGCUCUGCUCUGCUGCACUCUUUGCAGAGAGCGCCUGGAGGACACUCAUUUUGUCCAGUGUCCAUCUGUUCCACACCACAAGUUCUGUUUCCCCUGUACCAGAGGAUUCAUCCGCAGCCAAGGUCAAGGAGGGGAGGUGUACUGCCCCAGCGGAGAGCGCUGCCCCCUGGCUGGAUCCACCGUGCCUUGGGCCUUCAUGCAGGGAGAGAUCUCCACCAUCCUGGCUGGAGACGGAGAUGUGACGGUAAAGAAGGAGAAUGACCCUUGACGUCUCCAUCCUGUCGUGGUGAAUGUGGAUCAAACACUUUGAAAGCACUUCCCUAUUAUCUCAAGCAGAGGUCCACUUUGGCUGCAGUUCAUCGUGUGUCUCCAAGAACAGAAUAACUCUGAACCCCUGGAGGACAACUACACAAAGUCCGCUAACUAAAGACACAAGACUCACGAGGAGAGGAACAGGUGUGUGUUUGUGUGUCGGGACUCAGCUGCUACAUCGUGACCGAACGUUGAGUCCCGACCAAAUCUCUUCCUCUGCUUUUGUCCAGCACAGCAGAGGCCUCGUUUCAAACAGCCCAGGAUUGAAAGCACAUGCUUGUUUUUGAGAAUGACAAUCUCAUUUGUCUUUUAUUUGUGUUUUUUUUGUUCUCAACGUCACAUCCUGUCCUACAAAGAUGCAGGACAUCGAUACUGAUAGAUGGUCUGACAGAAUCAUGCAAUUCUUCAAAAACCGAAUGUUCAAAAAUGUGGAAAAACCAUUGGGUCCUUAAAGCCAAGGAGUGAAAAAUGUAAUCCCACAGUCUGUCUCUUAGGUAUUCUCCUUAUAUUGUAUGUCAAAAAUGUGAAUUUACUUUCAAUAUGGCUAUGUAAUUUCUAUUUUUGAUACAAUACAAAUUUAUAUGUAUUUGUUUAUAGUGAUAAGAAGACCAAAGAUGGCUUCAUGCUCAAUGUAAUUUUAUUGUAUUGUAGCUGUGUAUGCUGUACAGGGUGACCCAGAAGUUUGGAAACAAAUGAAAAGUCUAUAAUCCAAAUAAUAUAAUGUUAUUUCAAUACAUCAGUACCACAGAUAUAUUCAGAAGAGUAACAGAUUAGUGUAAAACAUAUUUCGACAUGUUCAUGUUUGUUUCUUAUACAAAGUUGUGAACGUUUCCACCACCUGGUUACACUGGUAUCUUCUGGAAUGUACCUUCAUUCAUGCUUAUGAAGGUUCCUCAAACUGGCCAGUAAAUGUUGCCUCAUAGUACUUUUGGAUGUUUAAAAAAAUUAAAACUGUCAGAUACUUUACCACCAAGAGUUUUGAAAUCUGACACUGAUGGCCUGCAUUUUAAAGUUCUGCUCCAGCAUACCUGUACCUUAUGGUUCUAUUAAUUUUCUUCCGAGUUAUUGCACUUGACAAAUACUAUGCUUUUAAGUUAUUUUAUUAUGCUAUAACAAAAAUGGGUAAAAUAAGAGUGAAUUCAUGCAGCCCCAAACUCAAAUAGACACUGCAGUUACACUUUGUUUCCAAACUUUUGGGUCACCCUGUAUUCACCGAUAACCUUGGCAUCAGUCACUAAUUAGUUCAUCUAUCACAGACGUAUGCUUGUUUUGUCUAUUUACUUUUUGAAUUAUAUGUAUGGUAAGAUAAUUAGCAUCACAAUCUUCAAUGGUUAACCCACAUACUGGUGUGAUCUUAACAGGUCAAUUCUACAAAUAUAAUUAAAAUGACAAAAUAGUCAUGA